AUGAGUUCAAAAGAAGAGGACGAAGAGACAUGUUUUGCCCACGAUAUUAUUACCGAAGGGCAAGUGGAAGUUAACGAUGUUGUAGCAGAUGAAAUUGAAUUUCUACGUGAAAACUAUGAUAAUAUUCGCAUUGUGGAGAAGGACAAUUUCUAUCCAAAGAUAUUAUUUGCACUUGACACAGAGUCUAUCCCAAGAAGACGUGUAGUACUUGAAGUUAGUGUGGUCUGUGGAUAUCCCUAUGUGGCCCCACGAGUGCGCAUACUUCUUCCCCACGGCAUCACUCCAGAGAACAGUGGGGCCUUAAGUAAGGCGGAGUUGAAACAAAUACAUAAAGACAUUACAGAGGCCAUCGCACCAUCACUGCUUGCAGGAGCUCCGUGUAUUAUGCAAAUUAUUUCAGUGGUGGAAAAGGUGUUGUCGGGUGGAGUGGAAAGAUCAUGUACACCUGUUUCCGAUAAACAUGAAGAAGUUGUAACUACAGAAAAGAUAGCAUCAUUACAACUACCACCACCCCAACAACAACAACAACAACCAUCAUCAUCCGUUGAGACGAGAAAAACAAGUCUCAUAACACAAGAAACUCUUAAAUUAAUUGCUCUUCUUUUACAUUUACUUAAUAAAUGUUGUCAUUUAAAGGAUCCAGAAUCAGAAGAAGAGGCGAGCAGCAAUUUUCAAUCAUUGGUUUAUUACUUGAUAAAUGAAGUUAAAGUUAUUCCCAGAAAAUUUCAAAAAUGUGUUCCAUGGAAGCAUGAAUAUACUCAACGUGUUUUUCGCGGAGACUUUCAAAAGUCUAUGGAUGGAACAGACGCUCUCACCAAGUGGCUUUGGGUUCAAGAAGAGGGAGUUGGAACCUUUAAGCGAAGUUCACCUGGGAGAUAUAAGAGUGAAUUUAUUGAACAACGUUUAUUAGGAUCAGGAGGAUUCGCACCUGUUUACGUUUGUCGGAAAAAAAUUGAUGGUCGUCUUUAUGCUGUUAAAAAAAUAGUUAUAAAAACAAAUCAAUCUGAAAAGGCACUUCGAGAAGUUCAAAGUUUGGCAGCACUUAGUCAUAAAAACAUCGUUCGUUACUAUGAUGCAUGGAUUGAACCAGGUUGCGAUGAAAACUUGAUAGAAUAUCUUGAUGGUGAUAGUGAAGAAAAAGAAGAAGAAGAAGAGGAGGAAGAAGAGGAAGAUGAGAAAGAGGAAGAUGAGAAAGAAGAUGAAGAAGAAGAAAAAGAAGAAGAAAAUAGCGAAAAUGAGGAUAACUUACAAUUAAGUCGAUCAAAAAAACAGCGAACUACUUAUUACUACAAUGAUUUACAUGCAACUAGUGAAGAACAUGAAUAUACCGCGUCAUCAUCAAGCAGUAAAGUGUACUCCUCUGAUGAAUCAGAUGAUGAUACCCCUCCAGAUGUUUUAAGUACACCAUAUCUUGCACACUCUGUAGAAUAUCAUACACUUUAUAUACAAAUGGAGUUGUGUUCAAAAAAGACAUUAAGAAGUUUAAUUGAUUCCUCCGAUAUGGAAAAAACUUCUUUUUUUACAUCUGAUGAUGGUGAAAAUAUUGCGUCAAGGAUUUUUCGUCAGUUAUUAACAGUUGUGGCACAUUUUCAUAGGGAAAAAAUUGUUCAUCGUGAUUUAAAACCUGAUAAUAUAUUGUUUGAAAUGGAAAGUUCAACAGGUGGAGGAGAAGUUGAAACAGUUCGAGUAGCAGAUUUUGGUUUAGCACGAACCUUACAAACUUCAGUAAAGCGAAAUCCAAGCAGUUUUGAAGUAGAUGAUCCAUUAUCUCUUGGUGAAGUAGUGGCUGGAGAGUGUAGAACAGGAAAUCUUGGUUCUGUUCUUUAUUGUGCACCUGAACAAGAACGAGGUGAAAGUUAUGAUUUUAAGGUGGAUGAAUAUAGUUUGGGAAUGAUAGCACUUGAAAUGUGGCUUGCCGUGGCUGGUAAAGGAUUUAGAGAGAGGUUUAAUAUUAUGACACAGGUGAGUCGUGGAAAUGCCCUUCCAGAUUGGUUUACGACUUGGAAUCCAAGAAUGGCAAGUGUUAUUUCUGGUCUACUUCAACGUGAACCUAGUGCACGACGAACAUGUGAAGAAGUUCUUAAUGCAGGUGAUCUUCCUGGAGAUCCAGCCGAUAUAGUAGAAGCACUUGAAACAAUUGAAAGACAUGGUGAACAUAUUGCUGGUCGUGUACUUCAUUCUGUUCAACGAAUAAUGGUAAAUUGUAGUCGUAAACCUCCUCUUUUAAAGAAGGAAUUACUUAAAACACUUACAAGUGUUGUCAUGUUUGAUCUUAUGCAAGCUGUAAAUAUUGUUGGAUUACUUCAUGGUGCAGUUCCAGUAGCUUGUUAUGAUUACUUUGUACCUAUGAAUCCUUCACUUAAUGAAUCUGAUGUACCAUCUGUUCUAGAUAUGGGAUCAAGGGUUUGGGCUCUUGCACCACAUCCACAUAUUCCUACCUCUUAUUUUUUAGGUAUGUACGCUAAUCCUCAUAUUGGUUCAUUUUAUCAAUUCUACUACAGAGUACGACCUUAUGCCGUUUUUACGACACCUUUAGGUUCAUCAGGACUUUUUGAUGAAAUACUUUUAGAUCCAUUAUUAUCAUUUUUUCAUCUUCUUUCAAUGAUUGAUUUAACAUCAAAAUUGAAAAUUAUCAUAUCACAUGCACAUUGGUUAAGAGCAACGCAUUUGAUUGAAGCUAGUUCAUCGGAUCCAUCCAGUACAGUACUGAAUAUGCAUGAAAUAAUUAGUUCUAGUGAUUUGAUUCCUCCUGUGGUUUCUAAAAUUGAUAGUACAUUGGUGGAAAGUGGAUUUAUAUCGAGUUCAUUAGAUAGGCAUGAAUUAGUAAGAAACUUUACUUCAAGAUUAUUAGAAGUAAUUCCACUUUUUGGGAAACAAGUUGCAUCAAAUAUUACGGUCAUUAUAGACCCUGCAUUAAAACCAUGUGAAACAUCUGUUGAUCGUUCUUUUCUUGAUAAUGGAUUAUUCUUUGAAUGUCGUACACAAGAUGAAUGUAGAGCGGUCGCAUUUUUUUGUAGUCUUGAUAAUUUUGCAAGUAGAUGUUGUGUACGCAGCGCAGAAAUACCAGCAUAUUCUCUUAGUAUCGAUCUUAUGGAAUUGAGUACGGUAGGAAAACAUAUUCGUCUUCCUAAAGAUGAACCAUUAUUACUUGAUGGUGUAGCAGUUCGCCGCCAAGACGUCUACUCUCCCACUCAAGUCUCAUUGGUUAUCGCAAGUGCAGUGAAGUUAUGGAGUGGUAAUAUACGUGCUUGUUUACGAGCUCCAUAUGACACUCGUGGAUUUUGUAAAGCUAUGAAAGCGAAAGAAUUGCGAACCGUUUUAUUAGAUGGAAACCUUAUUGUACCCCUUGCAUCAUUUCAACAAGGUUGGUUGGGUGUUCGUUUAGAUGAUGUACCAUUAGAAAAAUUGUGUGCAGUUCUUCGAAAGCGCUGUAUUAUGGAACGUGCGAAUGAAAUUCACUCUGAUGAUAUUGUCUUGCAUCUACAAGCAAGAGAGAAACGUGCCCUCUCUGAUGAUGCUAGAGAGAUGUUUGCCAUCAUUAAAGAAUCACUUUCACAUAUACUUGUGGUAGAUUGGGAGGUGAGAAAGGUGGAUGAAUGCAUCAGACAACUUAUGUGGGAUUCUACAAGUGGAGAGAGUGAACGUCCAAAAUUACCUGAAUUGGUAGAAUGGUUGAAAAGUAACAUGUCUACAUACAAAGUACUCCCUAUCUAUUCGACAAUUGACAGAGCAGUAACGUUUUUUGCUGACCAAAAACACCUUAAAUUGAAAAAUCGAAAUGAAAACGGAAAACGUAAAAAAUAG